GCUGCAUUUUGACCUCCACUGUUCCUGCCCAAUCUAAUCCAAUCUACAUACCACCCAGGCUGCUUUUAUAUCCAUUCUGCUAAAGCUGCUACCCAAUACUUUCUGUUUCAUACUCUCAGACUGGUGCUGCAUUUCUCUGAUUUGAUUGCGCAGAGGGUGAAAUGGCCCUUUCUGCUCUAAGAUCUCCGACUGUUUCUAGUCAGUUUUCUCUGCACAAAUAUGGCAAAUUGUACAACAGACCCACAUUGUCCCAUUGGAAUUCUAUUCACAAAUGCAGAAGGCAAUUUCAAUCAAAAUGCAGGGCUCUAAGAUGGGAAACGGAUUCCUCAAUUACUCAUGAAAGUCAGCCUAAAGAGUUUGAUGGGGAUCUUGACUCUCUGGUUACCAUGACUGAAGCAGAAGAAGAAGACACAAGUAUUGAUGAAAGGGAAAGCAUUUCUAAGCAGAAUGAGAAUGAGACGCUAAUGCUUUCAGUUGCCCCUCUGUCUUAUCUCGUUCUUGCUGCACUUCCUGGUGCUGACACUAUUAGGUCUGUUUUUGGACCAUUUGCGGAAUUGGUGAAGACAUGGAAUUUGCCAGAUUGGCUUGUUCAUUGGGGUCAUCCAGGAAAUAUGGCUGUGGUGCUGUUUGCUAUGGGAGGUUAUGGCUCUUAUUUGGGUUGGCAAAUCCGCCUAUCAGAUGAUGUGGAAGUUAAAGCCAAGGCAAAGGAUUUACAUCCUAAGCUCCUAGCAGGUAUGUUUUUUUUCUUUGCUCUUGGAGCCACUGGUGGAAUCACUUCCCUUCUGACUUCAGACAAGUCCAUUCUUGAGAGUCCCCAUGCAAUUACAGGUUUGAUUGGCCUAUCUCUCCUCACAAUUCAGACAAUUUUGCCAGCUUUGUUUGAAGGCAAUCCAAAUCUUCGUAAUGUACAUGGGUUUUUAGGCAGUGGAAUUAUGACGCUGUUUUUGAUACAUUCUGUUUUAGGUCUGCAAUUGGGUCUUAGUUUCUGAUGAUGUUCUGCAUGGAAGAAGUCGUCAGCGCGAUUAUUCAUAAUCUGAGUUAGAACCAGAAUAUUGCCUAGUGCUGUAAUGAUGGGAGAUCAAUGUAUUUUUUAUUUUAUUUUUAUGAAUAGGUAUUUUCAUUAAUAUCUAAAUAUUUUUUAUAAAGUUUUAGAAUAGCUUAGAGGAUUUGUUCCCAUUUGAAUAGUAGAUUGUAAUUACAAAUUCUGAUUACAAAGAAAUGUUAUGAAUUAUCACCAUCAUUUUAGA